AUGAAUCCAUCUUGUCUUGGCUUUCAGAAGGCAGCGCAGAACCUAAAACCUGUUGUUCCCAUCAAGUUCCAUAUCUCCAGCCGAACAGAUACUGGUGUCCAUGCGCUGUGCAACGCUGCUCACCUUGACAUCCAGAGGGCACCGGGGAAGCCAGCUUUUAGUGAGAAACAGCUUGUCCGCAGUCUUAAUUACCACCUGAAGCCUGAGCCAAUCCGCAUUUUGAAUGCCUAUCGAGUGACCAAUAGCUUCCACGCACGCUUCUCUGCACUGUCAAGAACCUACAUUUAUCGGCUGUUGAUGGGCUGCGCUCAUUAUUCUGAAAUACCGGUGUUCGAAAAGGAUCUCUGCUGGGCUCCUGCGGGAGGCCACCUGAACGUGCCUGCCAUGCAGGACGCAGCACAGUUCCUGCUGGGAACUCAUGACUUCAGCACCUUUCGCUCACUUAACUCCGAAACACCUUUUCAGUCUCCGAUCAGAACCAUCUUCCAGGCAGACAUCCGACCCUCUUCUGGUUUCCUGUCCCACCACUAUGAACACAGGGGACUGGAGUUUUGGGAGCUGAAGUUCAGGAGCAGAUCAUUUCUUUAUCGACAGGUCCGAAGAAUGGUUGGGGCUCUAGUUGCAGUUGGCCAGGGAAGGUUAACACCUCGUCAUAUAAAGGAGUUACUGGAGAUAAAAGAUGCACGAGCUUUUCCACCAAAUGCCAUGGCUCCAGCAUCUGGACUCUUUCUAAAAUCGGUGGAAUAUGAUGAAGCAGAUUUGGACACUACAAUUGCCCUGGGAGAAUAGGAGCUCUGUGAGAUCCAGCCAUGUCUGAAAGGACUGUUGUUGUGGAUAUGGGAUGGAGGUUUGCCAAGUGCUUUUUACACAGUACAUGGUCUUGUCUCAAUAAAAAUCAUUGACU